CGCUCCAGUCCCCCUUCCCUGGCCCAGAAGAUGGUCAACGAUCGAUGGAAAGACAUGGGGAGAGCGUCUCCACUCGAGGACGGGCAGCAGGAGAAAUCCCAAAGAAUGAGCUGCGGCUACAUCCUGUGCACGGUCCUCCUGUCUGUGGCCGUCCUCCUGGCCGUUACUGUCACCGGCGCCAUCCUCUUCAUGAACCACUAUCACACCCCUGUCACGGAGUCCCCGCCCAUCAUCAGCACCAACCCUGAGGAGGCCAAUGCUCUGGUCACCAUCGAGAAGGUGGACAGUUCCCGCAUCAACAUCUUCAUUGACCCCAACUGUCCGGACCAAGCCGGCAGCUUCACCCGCCUGGAGGGCUUCCAGUCUUCCGUGCUGCGGGCCGUGAUAGACCAUGACACUGAGAUGAAGUCAUCCAAGGGGCAGGAGCGGGCCCUGCUGGUCACUGUGGCGGAUGAGGUGGCCAAGCUCCUGACCCACGCCACUCAGCUGAGAGCCGACUGUGACAGCCUGAAGAAGGGGCACAACACUAUGGGGCAGGAGCUCAAUGCCCUGCAGAAUGAGCAGGGGCGGCUGAUACAGCUGCUCUCGGAGAGCCAGACCAACAUGGCCCGGCUGGUGAGCUCUGUCAGCGACGUCCUGGACACGCUGCAGAAGGAUCGAGGCAUGGCCAGGCCUCGGCUCAAAGCCGACCUGCAGAGACCUCCAGCCCGGGGAGCCCGGCCCCGGGGAUGUUCUAAUGGCUCGCGGCCCCGGGACUGCUUUGACAUCUACACGAGCGGACAACAAGAGGACGGCAUUUACUCCAUCUUCCCCACUCAUUAUCCCUCAGGCUUCCAGGUCUACUGUGACAUGACAACGGAUGGCGGGGGGUGGACGGUUUUCCAGAGGCGGGAGGAUGGCUCAGUGAAUUUUUUCCGUGGAUGGGAAGCAUACCGGGAUGGAUUUGGGAAGCUGACGGGAGAGCACUGGCUAGGGCUGGCACGGCUCCACGCCCUGACCACGCAGGCCAGCUACGAGCUGCGAAUCGACCUGGAGGACUUUGACAAUGGUACGGCCUUCGCCCAGUACAGCACCUUCGGCGUGGGCCUGUUCUCCGUGGACCCGGAGGAGGACGGCUACCCAGUCACCAUCGCCGACUACUCCGGGACAGCAGGAGACUCCUUCCUGAAGCACAACGGCAUGAAGUUCACCACCAAAGACCUGGACAACGACCAUUCGGAGAACAACUGCGCCGCCUUCUACCACGGGGCCUGGUGGUACCGCAACUGCCACACCUCCAACCUCAACGGGCAGUACCUCAAGGGGCACCACAGCUCCUACGCCGACGGCGUCGAAUGGUCCUCCUGGACCGGCUGGCAGUACUCCCUCAAAUUCACAGAGAUGAAGACCCGGCCCAUCAGAGAGGAGAAUUAGCCUAACGGCGCAACCCCUCCCCUGCCCCCUCUUCUUCCCCCUCCCCCACAGCUCAGUGUUGUCUUGUCCGUGAGUCAGGGGGCAGUCAGGGUGAAAAGCUCCUCUGAUAAUGCACCGCUUAGCACCAGGACGGGGGCCCGCGGGAGCCCUCUGCCAGGGGAGGGGUGGCGCAUGCCCCGAGGGUGCAUCUCAGGGGAGAGGCGGUCGCUGCCGCCUCCUUGCUCCGAGCGCCUCCAAGGACACGUGCCCCCUGGCGGUGGAGUCGGCCCACCUGCGUUUGGCCUCCCCCCUUGCAGCAGGCCCUGGGCUCAGGUGUGCGUGGGGGUGGGGAGCGGCAUCAGCCUGCUGGGCCUUGGCUUCUUAUUACAUGGCAGCUCCAGUGAGGCGGCAGGUGAAAAUCCCUUGGUAAAGCCCCCGCAGGGAGUGGAGAGAAUCAACCCGCCGGGAGGCGACUGAGACGUUCGUGACAGUCCCAGGAGGCAGCAGCUGGCCUGUAGUUCUUGAUGGGCUUUGCCAAGGGGGUACAGCAGGCACCGAGAAGGGGGAAGCCAUGGUGAGAACAGAACCCAGGAGGCCCGACUCCCAGCCCCUGCACACAAUACCAGCUGGCCCCAUAGGAAACACCACCCCAUGUUGAUUCCCUGCAUUGAGCUGGGCUCCGAGCACAUCUAGAGGGCUGGGCUGGCAGGUGCCCCAGCUGGAAAGGUGUCGUGUACAGAAUGCAGCCCCAGGGGGCUCAGCAGAUGACACACAAAGGCUGCAGAAAGGGGACAGUGCAGAUCCUGCACAGUUCUUCAUACCCGCCCUGGGUCACUGGAGUUGCCUCCUCCCCACCAGCCACUCGCUCUCUGGCUCCAAAGCUCCACUGGUGACCGGAUGCCUGCUCUCCAGCAGGGAAAAGGGUUGCAUCUGUCCGGGGCAGGGGAGGAUACAACACCUGGCCCUGCUUCCUGCUGGGGUUUAGCCCAGGUGUGUCUCUGGAUUUAUGAGCAAUUCCCCCUCCCAUUCAAAACAGCCCCACAUCCCAAAUCCAGUUUCUGCUGCUGCUCACCAGCUGCAGCCUCUCACCCUGUGACGUUCCCAUGCCCAGCAACGACUCUACCACCCUCCCACAGUCUGCCAUCCAGGUAUGGGGGGGGACACAGUAAUUCAACCUUGGAACUGAGAUGGAGGUGACCCCAAACAGUCCACCAGCUCUCCCAGCCCCAUGGCUGCCCUAUGGGGCUCGCUGUAUCACUACAUGCCACGUGGGCACGCUUGGCAUUGCGCGCCACACAGCCCUAGGGUUUAGACACCCAGAGAGUAUUGGCUGGACCCCUCAGAAGGGAUGAUUGGCACUGCCCCAUGGCAGCUGUGCUGGCCAAGGUGGUGGGGCAAAGCUCACAACUGCAGCUUUGGAGGUGGGAGGGCUCCAAGCAGGUAGCCAGCUGAAGCUCCCAGGUGACCCUUAGGGGAUAUGUUUAAUGGAGUCUUUUUGCCAACCAAAGCCACUCGGAAGGGGGGAAACCCAGACCCCCUUUGUGGAAACGUGACCUUAGCUCUAUGGUAGCUGUGACCUUCCCUCAGCUCCUUCGGAGGCUGGCUGCAGGAAAGAACAGCUGGUUCUCCAUGGGGGAAUCCCUGCCCCUGUCCCCUCGGUGCAGAGGACAGGGGAGCUGGCCUUCAUUUCCAGCCCCCAGGAGGGCUUCAGGCUGACCAGACCAGGCAGCGAGCCAUGCGACAGAGGGACUCCAAGAAUCCUCAUCCUCUGGGACAUCACGGAGAACAGGGAAGCGCAAAGAGGAUUGAGAGGAGCCAUUGGGCAGAGCGCAUAAGUCACAGCCAAUUCUCCGGCUCCCUUGUCAAGGAGGCACUUCACAGCCCAAGCUGUUCAGUGUCAAGCCAGAUGGUCAGCAGCAGAAUCCAUGCUCAGGUUUCUCCGGGCCCAAUCCCCCAGCACUCAGGGCCUUGCUUUCUUGGUAGCACUCUGCAGAAGCCACGGUGCAGGUAGACAUCCAGCUGCUUGCAGCGAAAGAGGGGAGGGGGGAAAUGGGAACACGCCUGCUCCUGACUGAGAUGCUGAGGAUGGAGCAGAGGCCUGCCGGCACAGGAGAGCUCCAUCCUGAUCUGCUCUGCAGGAAACGGGAGACAACUGGGCUAUAUUCUGUCUGUGCUGGACUCUCUAAUGGUGGGACGUGCUGCUGAACGCUGGGGUGUAAAAGGGUUGAAUGGUGCGUGAGAAGGAAGCCCCCUCCCACCCCAACCCCCUUAGUGCCAGACCCGAGCACGCUGGAGACAGGUGUCUCAAUCAGGAACUCAUUUGGAUUUUGUUUAAUGCCAAACCACACAAAAAAGCUCAAAGCCAUCCAGUUUGUGUGGCAUCAGGAUCUGGAGACACCAGCCCUGCAACUCAGUAGUGCCCACGCCCCCUGCUGGUGGCACUUGGCAGCAUCAUGUACAAGAGCAGUGCAAAGUUUUGUGCUUUCCUUGUUCUGACUUCACACGCCUUUGCAUUUCCCUCCCACCACUUUACGGGCCAGGCUGAUUCUCUGGCAUUGACAUUUCCUGGCUGUGUUCUUUUCACUCCUCUUCUGCCACUGGCCGGCAGUUACCUGAGCAGCGAGCUGAUGGAUUUAAACAGAACCCUCUAAGAAGACCAGCCCAAGGGAAGCUGAUUCUUCUUUGUAGGACACUCCUGUAGGCAAUAAAACAGCUUGAUUUAAAGGGGGAUUAGGGAUGUAAAGGAGGCAUCCAAAUCAGAGUUCUUCUUAAGCUUACUAAAGCAUGGGGCAUUUCGUUACCUCUGCUGGGGCUGCCUUCUCCUCCAUCCUUGGGGCAGAGAGAGAUUUCAGAAGGGCAGAGGGUUGCUUUUGGCCUUUCAAAGACACAGGGGCCAGCCACAGGAGAGGUUUGUUUGUUUUUUAAAUAGUCCUUGAGAAAAAAUGCCCAUAGACCCUCUGCAAAUUACCCUGGUUGGUUGCUGGAAAAAAGGAUUCAAAGGAUACACAGCCCAGGCUCAGAGCACUUUGUGCCGGACUUGGGGGGAGCGGGAGGAAAGAAACAUAAUUGGAAGGAUAGUGAAAUUCACGACGUUAUUGUUCACUGUGUCUACUGCAGUCGACUGAGGCCACGUUGCACCAGGUGCUGCGCUGACACAUGGUAAGUGUCUCUGUCCUGAUGAGCUCGCAAUCUAGACCAGACAGACAGUGGGUGAGGGGAAGGAAAGCUCAGUCUAUGCCCACUGUACAGAUGAGGGGCUGAGGCAAAGUGAUUACGUGUGUUUCGGGCUGUAGGAUCCUGCAGCCGUACAAGAAGCAGUGGUGGAUUAGAGAUUUAUGCUUCUCUCCACACUAAAAGAAAAGUUCUCUGUAAAUCUUUAUGUGGACGAACAGGGAGCAUUUGGGGAAAGUUUUUUCACAGUGAGGUGAUUUUCUUGAGUGGUGUGUGUUGGCGGGGGCACGUGCAUUACACAUUUGGGAUUAUUGUGGUUUUCCCUCUGGUGGAGUCCAAGUUUCCAUACUGAACAUCUGAGGCCUGUCUGAGUCAGGCUGCCUCAAUUCAGUAGCCCCUCUGUUGCUGUGAAACCCACCAACUUUAAAAUACGUCUUUUCCUUCCACCCAGCCUGCACUGGACAGAGGCUUGGUAGAAUUCAAUUUUCAUUGCUUUAGAACGUUGACGGCUGAGAUCAAGGGUUAUUUUUAAGAUCUGUUUUAGAUGAUCAAUUGAAAUGUCCACAGUUAUGGGAAAUUAUCUGGAGGGGCUGGUUAGACAAUUAUUGUAUGACAGAUGUUGAGAUUCAAAAAGUUAAAACUUCACCACCAUUUUAACAGAAGCUGUCAACAUCGCACAUCAAAAUACACAAAGAUCCUUCAACCCUAAGAAGUUCUACUUUGUAUAUCUGUAAAUUUCAAUGAUCACGACUGGAAACAGUUUCUCCUGGGUUUGUGGGGGUGCAGUGAAAUUGGCAUUUACAGAUACACAAGCUAAUCCUUCCAAAUCUAGCUAUACACUUGCUGUACAGUGCCGCACACUGGCUGGGUUAGAUUCAUUAAGCAACAUAUCAGUUCAGACCUGAUGUCAGCUUUUAGACCUAAGCUACCUAAGGGUUAUGUAUGCUUCCACCUUGACCUCAACUACUUGCUGGAGAGGGGAGGCCAAGCAUUGCCAGGGAGCAGAGCGGUCCUGGUGGAGGGGAAUCCUGUGAACGUUUCUCAGUUGGUUUGUUUUUUAUUUCACUGGAACAAACUGUAAAUAGUUUUAUAGCCUUUGCCUUCAGGACAGAUGGGAACUCCUGGCUACAGACCCAGGCUGCCAGCCAGCCACCAGCCUGGGAACAUGGUAGCACUCAAGGAACUUUGCUCAGUGGGGAAAAGAGGUGUGUUGGUUUCCCGGGUUUCCUCCCGGGGCCAUUGUUCCUGGGGGUCGGGGAGGGUGAAAGUUGUGUGCUGUCAGGCACUGGGCACUUUGUGUAACUAGCCCUGUGUCACCCAGGACUCCUUAAUGAGUUUGUUUUGAAUUGCAUGAGAGGUAUUUAAUACAAUCAGAGGCCCCAGGAUUGCCAGGGAUUAGCUCUAAGAGUGCAUGGAUCAACCUGCAGCCUGGCAUCAGACUAAAACCUGUCUACAAUGACACCUGCCCUGGAGAGAAGCAGGAAGGGGGUGGGGUGCGGGAAGGGCAGGACAAUUGCAGCCAGACGCCAGGUGCUGGGAGAAAGAGGCAGAUAGUGGGCACUGCCGUGCAUACAAUGCUCCUCCAAGGAGCUUCCUAUGGGUCUGGCCCCCAACUGUGCAGCCUCCAGCCCUGCAGCAUAGGAAGGCUGGGCUGGAGCAGUGCAUGGCCCACACUGACCAAGGGGCCGGUAAUAGGGCUCAGGUUAGAUGGGAGCCCCUUUAACCGAUGCUUGUUGGAUUGCUGCCUUUGGCUCCUGGCCCAUCAGAGUCAUGCAGGGCUGGGGCAGUUGGCAGCCCCUCUCUCCAGCCCACGGCCUUUGGACAGGUUUUCCACGCUGCAGGGUGCCGGCCUAACUUCACCGACCUAGGCAGCCAGAGGACAAGGAUGUGUUUCUAGGCAGAUGCCCCACCCGUGCCUGCCCUUCGAGGAUUUGGGGUGGGGGGCCGGGGGAGAAGGGCUCAAAGCAGUUUCCUGAUCUGGACUUCACACAGCCAGCCCCUUGCCCCGAUGGUGGAGCUCGGGCCACAACGAUGUCUGUUCAGGUCUGAGCUAGCGGACAGGUCGUGUUGUUUAGCAGUACAAUGAAGUCUAGCUCGUGUGUGAUUGGUGUCAAACGCUG